AACGAUAAACGUGUGAAAAAGUGUGUGAAUGUUGUGAUGGCUAACGAUAGAGUCCAUUGAACUGUUGCUGCUGCGACACUGUCUUUGACGCUAAGGUUUUACACACUUUACGGGUGGGUUUCGAGACAUCACUAUGCUUCCACCAUGGGUUGUAUUUCAUCUGCUGUUUAUGGUGCAGUUUUCUCCUAGACUACAAUGCGAAGCCAUCCGGUCGAAGUUUAACAACUACGAAACGAAAUUUAUCAAUGAUUUCAUCAACUUUACUCGGCCGGCUGGAGAUAUUAUGGAACCAAUUUACUACGACUACGACAGUGGAUCGAAAAUGCGACCUGGUUACGGGCAAGACUAUGAAACAGGUAUGACGCUGGGCGGAUUGCCAAUACCGGAAGAGGGUGUAGGCCGCUCAUUACCAGCAGUUGACGAGGGAACCCGACCCCCCGACAUCUUUCCCGAUCCGGAUAAAAUCUAUGCAUCAUUCAUAAACAAGAGUACCAUGAAACACAGUCGCUAUAAGGGUGAAGAAAAUGUGAUAAAAGUUUAUUCUUCAAAAUCGUUGCGAAAAUUGCCUCAAGUACACACGACGGAUGAUGAAAGUUCAUUCGACAACUUAAACAAUGACAUGAAGGGACAUGACUUCAUCGACAACAUUAUGUACAUCUAUUACGGCACCAACGGAAGCUUGCGCAAGGAUCUGGGUGGCAAUGUGAUUGUCAUUGGGGCAGUUUUUGCGCUUGCUCCACAAAUCCUGACCAGUAUGAUACUGUUCCUCAGGAAUCGACGCCUGCGCCAUUUCAACGCUUUCUAUCCCAUCUGCUUGAACUUAUUGCUGGCACUGAUCGCAUCCAAUUUGUCGUUCAUUCUCGGUGUUCAAGCGACACGCAAUGCGAUAAGAUGUCAGCUAAUUGCGAUUCUGCUGCACUAUCUCCACCUGAGUACAAGCAUUUGGUGCUUCAUCUACAUCUACGUCAUCUACGAUUUAAUCGUUAACGAAUGCGCUCCAAAACUAAAAUAUCAUUACUUGAUGGGUUAUGGUGUUCCAGCUGUCUAUGUUUUAUUUUCCUACGCCUCGUCGAUAGACCAAUUCGAAACGCAUCGUUAUUGUUGGAUGUCGAUUCAGAAGGGUAUGAUCGUAAGCUUCAUGAUCCCGGUUUCGUUUCUCAUCAUUCUAACGACCGUCCUUGGCACACUAAGUUUGAAGCGCAUUUCAACGAAGCAGACUGAGCUACUGUGCGAAAGCAUUGAGAGCAUGAUUGAGACCACUUCCAAAUGUAACGACAUAGUCUACCCUCAACUGCCGUCAUUCGUCGGAAUGAACAUGUCGAUGGUUUGUCGCAGCAACAGCUAUCCGCAAUUAGAGCAGAUAAAAGAUCGUUGCUGCCAAGAAUUCGGCGACUGCGGAACGCGUCACUCCGUAGUAACAUUACCCCAGCAGACGACGAUCGGCAUGACCACGAGUGUAUCAGGGCUGACGACUGCCAGCCAGAAUGCGAUAAAUGUUAUUAAACGAUCUUUCGAUUGUUAUGAUACACGAAUCGAUCUUGGCCAAUUGUCGCUCGCCGAGUUGGCAACUCCCAGCAUGACAUCGGAUGUGCAAGAUUUUGAUGAUUUCAAAAAGGCGAUCAAAUUCGGUCUGUUCUUCCAGCCCAUCUUCUCAAUUUGUUGGUUUUUGGAGGUGAUCGCACUUGAGAACAUUCACUCUUGUGUGAUGCCUGUAAUAUUUGCUAUAACAUUCAAUAUCCUGAAUUGGUGCAUGCUGGUGCGCUCAUCAAACGUGUGCCCCUACGUCAGUGCCACGGUAGAGAAAACGUCGGACAAUCCUGUCGGUUCGUAUGGUGAAUCCAUAAAUGGCACUUUGGUUGGUCCGGGAGUAGAUAACGAUGCGACGCAGACCAGUAUCUGCACGGACACGAUUCCACUUCUUUGCGCUUCCAAUGGAUCUACACUAAAUGGAAAUUCAACCGCAUGUCCUUCGAUGCAGGGAUCUGGUGGUGCGCUUACAACUGUGCCAAGAAAAUUUUCGACCGCGUCGGAGCAUGAUCCACAGCAGCAGAAAUCUCUAUUGUACAGCAACUACAUCGGUGGAAGCAACAUGCCCAUUUCGUGGGAGUCAAGCAUUGAUGUCGGUGCGUACCACUUGCACGAAACUAAAAAUGUGGAUUGUAUCAGUACGAUCAGCAACUAAUUGAGUAAUGGUGACUACACACCAUAAUUAGUUGGAUUUGGUAAGACAUAGUGCAACGCCGUUAUUGAUGGUAUACCGGUCAACAGGAUGCAUAUCAAUAUGAUAUUAGAUUAUCUGGAAAUUUUCCACAACCCGAACUAUCAUUGUGGCUGCCGUCCUUACGAUCGGAUGUGAGUCAAGGGUCUUAGAUCCUAGGAAAGCUGCGUUUGUUGUGAUAAAGCUGUAGCGAUUUGUUGCUUACAAGUUCCUCUGAGCGUCAUCAUCAUAAGUAGCGGAAAACAUAAAUAAUCCUAUCCUAAGCCAAUCUAUGUAUCGAUCAAUUAAUGGUUGAAAUAUCCAAAAACUAUAAACAGAAUGUCAAGUAUUGAUUGCAGAAUAACACUAAAGGUCGUUUAGCCAAUUUUUAUGUAUUAUUAGUUAUAUAUUGCUAUAUAGAGGAGUGUACUUUAAAGAUCUCUCACGAUCUGCGGCAUAAUUGUGUUUCGAGGAUUAUUAUAACAUGCAUUAAAAAUGCUAUUA